AUGGGAGCUCCAUGCAAAUCACCAGUGCGCAACUUUGCGCAAGAACCCGGGUGAAGUGCGGGUGGUAUCGUAUGCAAAUACGUCUGCUGACGUUCCAGAUCAUGUGGCUGUCGGCGUAGAUUCCCCACUGAUCGGGCAGCGGCGGCGGUUGCUGGUUAGCGGCCGGGGGGGGGGAUCCGAGCGAUCGAACGUUGCGCGCUGAUACAUUGUAUCAGGAGAGAAACAUUUAUCCCCAACGUUCCAUCGCCGCGUCACCGCCGGCCAGGAGCCAGGUUAUGAAUAGGAUGUGGAAUGUGGCCGGACCUGUCUGAAAUACAAGGUAUCUGAGGUGUGUUGAGCAAUUGCUAACCCUAUGCGGAGUCGGGAGAGCCUCCAAAAUUCAACCUGGAUGAUCUGUGGCAUUUAACCUCUCCACUGUUUACAAACACUUACUUUUUUUUUUUUUGGACUAAUUAUUUGGAUUCAUUUGCUGCUAGACAUCUAGCAACCUGUCAACAUGGCCAGUAAAAGAAAGUCUACGACACCGUGCAUGGUACGGGCCAGUGAGGUUGUGGACCAGGAUGACCAAGACAUUGACGUUUUAGGCGGUGGUGAUGCUCCUGCCGCAUCAAGCACAGAGACGAAGAAUGACUGGGCUGCCGAUAAAGAGAAGGCCGUUGAGGACUCUGAAGCGGUGGAGGAGAAACCACCCCCUGAAACUCAAUCUAAAAAGCUCCAAGGUGGCUACGAAUGCAAAUACUGUCCUUACGUAACACAGAAUCUCAACGAGUUUACAGAACACGUGGACAUGCAGCACCCAAACGUCAUUCUCAACCCCCUCUACGUUUGUGCUGAAUGUAAUUUUACAACCAAAAAAUAUGAUUCUUUGUCUGAGCACAAUUCAAAUUUCCACCCGGGAGAGAGCAACUUCAAAUUAAAGCUGAUGAAACGCAAUAAUCAAACCAUUUUAGAACAAUCAAUAGAGAGUGGCGCAGAUGUGUCAAGCACCCACGAGAACAUGGACACUGAUGACAUGUCCGGAAUUUCCAUAAGCAAAAUGCCCAUCAUGAAACUGGGAAGAGGCCGUUCGGAUGUGAAAAAGAGGAGGGCUGAGGAGUCCUUCCUUGAUAACCAGUUUGGAAUUAACACUUCUCUCCCAGAUACGAAUGGAAUUUCUAAUGAUUCUUUAACUCAUGUCAUGCCAUCUGUUCAACUUCCACCCAACAUUAACCUCCUCCCAAAAAUCCCGGUACCCCUGAACAGCAACAAGUAUAAUUCGGCUCUUGACACAAACGCAACCUUGAUCAGUUCCUUUAAUAAGUUUCCUUACCCAACACAGGCAGAGCUGUCUUGGUUGACUGCGGCCUCUAAACAUCCUGAGGAACAAAUAAGAAUUUGGUUUGCUACCCAAAGACUGAAACAUGGCAUAAGCUGGUCUCCAGAAGAGGUAGAAGAAGCAAGGAAGAAAAUGUUCAAUGGGACUAUACAGUCUGUUCCACAAACUUUCACUGUCGUCCCGGGCCCGUUGACAACUACAGCUAAAAUUGGACAGCCUAUUAUACAGACCGCUUUGCCGUGCCAAAUUCUUGGCCAGACUGGGCUGGUCUUCACUCAAGUGACAAACACCCCUACGGUGACGGUCCCUUCAGUCCAUUCGUUUUCCAGCAAUGCUACCAGUGCCCCUAGUCCAACCCUGAAGCGCGCCUUACAAAGUCCACACGAGGCUACAGAGUCGAAACGUCAAAGCACUGGACAGACGCCAUCACCAUCCACCCCCAAAAUGAAUGUGCUCUCCAGCUCUCGGCAUGAGCGGAAAAAGACCAACGAGCAAAUAUCUCUUCUGAAAGCAAGCUUUGUACUUAGCCAAUUCCCUGACGAUGCAGAAGUUUACAGGUUAAUAGAUGCUACUGGGCUGUCCAGGAGUGAAAUAAAGAAGUGGUUCAGUGAUCAUAGGUAUAGAAGCCAGAGAGGUAUUGUUCAUAUUACCAGUGAAACUAUCGCUAGAGACCGUCUGUCGUCCAGAACUCGACGCCCUUACCAUUAUAGAGAGUUGGCAAAUGCCAAAGUUACAUCGAUUACAAACGAGCAGCUUGAGUGUCUUGAAAACAGUUUUCAGAAGAGCUCCUUUCCAACUCAAGCUGAAAUGGACCAGUUACGAGGAGAUACGAAGUUAUCAAGAAGAGAGAUAGACUUGUGGUUUUCAGAUAGAAGGAAGAUUAGGGAUUCCAUGGAGCAAGCCGUUUUGGAUUCAAUGGGCUCAGAGACCAUAAACGAUGGACUUGUCAACGGCACAGCUGCCCAGUCUGGUAACUUAUCCAGUUCUUGGUCUCCACCUUCAACAGAGUGCAAGACUAAACAGGAGCAGCUCCAUCUGUUAAAAAGUACUUUUGCCAAGACACAGUGGCCGUCGCCACAGGAAUAUGACCAGCUAGCCGCACGAACCGGGCUCGUUAGGACGGAAAUAGUAAAGUGGUUCAAGGAUAACAGAUGUGUCCUCCGGACUGGAAGUUUAAGGUGGAUGGAUCAAUACCGGAAACAAUAUGAACGUGCCCUAGAAGAGAGGAGGAAGUUCGUAAAGAUGGUGGCCGCCACAAAAAUGGGUAGAGACAUUCUUACAUGUUAUUUCCAGGAGUACAACCAGUUACACGAGGAAGACAUUGAAUUGCUUGUGAAUAAGUCUAAAAUGGGUUCAGAUCAAAUUAAGGAGUAUUUUGCAGAAAUGCAUGAACAAGCGGCUUUAAAUCAGCUGGAGAAUGUCGAUCAAGAUGAUAAGCUUGAUACAGAGAAUGAGUCAAAGGACUGGAACAAGUCUUCUCCUGGAGAUGAGGAAGCCAUGUCUGAUGGUGCUGAUAGCGGUAGCCAGACUGGACAGGACACCCAAGAUGAGACGGCCGAUUAUGAAUUUGAAAGUGCACCUAAAGACGACUUGUGCGUCUAACCAGAUCUAAGGACUUUCAGAAAGCAUGGAUUCCUUUCCAUUUGAAGAUAAUAUAGAGAUAUAUUUUCCUACUGUUAAUAUCAAAAUGUGCUGGUUUUGUGCUCAGCCAAGAUGGCCCAAUGCACUAGUCUUGGAUUCUAAAACUGAAAAGUUCUUUAAUUGCCAAAGAACUAAAUCCUAUGAGACUUUGUACAUUUUCCAGCCCAUUUAUUCUGUACUGGAACAGUUUCAAGUAUCGGAGAUGCAUUGAAUACCUGUGUUUUUGUUUGGCAAAUUCAUUUUUCUUUUAAUUAAAUUUUACAUUGUUUAGAAUUAGUAACCA